AGAUUGUGGUAGACGACGACCGCGCCGCGCGACCGCGUAUCGAAACGAAAACAUGAACGACGACGAAGUUUAGAGAGCUGUGAAGACGAUCUUCUUGCGUGUUUUUUGGCGUUUACCGUGAGCGCAUUCAAAAAAUAUCCCGAAGAAGAAUCAACGGCACGAGAGAUGUCCGCAGGGGCAAGUGCUUGACAGUGACCGAGUCAGUGAGUGAGUGUGUACUACGAAGAUAUGCGAAACUUGUGCUGAAGACAGCCGGAAGAAAGGAAGAACUCUGCGAAGCAAAGCUGUGUGCAAGUUAGUGAUCGAACAUCCGAAACCGGAAGUGCCAUCAGAUCCCAUUUGGAUGUCAGUGCAGUGAAGUUCGAGUGAUACCAAGAAGCUUCCAAAAAUAAACGAAUCACUGAGGACACGACGAUGUCCACACAGUCCUACUACAAGGAUCGGCUCGGGUUCGAUCCGCGGGAGGCCUUGGCGGACAACAACAACGGGGACGUGUCCCCGCCGCUCAAGUCUCCCCAUCAACGGCACAGCGUAUCCGGCGGAUCCGCCUCCAAACACUACUACAGCAACAACGGAGGCGGAUCCCCAAGUCCGUCCGGGUACAACAACGGUAACGGUAACGGCGGGGACUACUACAGCCGUGCUAGUCCGGCCAAGCGCCACAAGCAUUCCUCGUUCAGUCAUGGCGCUUCCCCGGUGACCGGAUCGCCGCUGAACGUGACCAGCCAGGGUGGAUAUGAGGACGCGUUGACCCAGUUCAAAGACGAACGAGAUGCCAUACAGAAGAAAACUUUCACAAAAUGGGUCAACAAACAUCUCAAAAAGCAUUGGAAAUAUCUCAAGACCUACACCCACUUACAUGUAUGUGUUGUCAUCAAUGGACUGCCCUGUUGUCCACCAGCAGCCUCACGACGUGUAGACGAUCUGUUCGAAGAUCUGCGCGAUGGACACAACCUUCUUUCUCUCUUGGAAGUAUUAUCUGGCGAACAUCUUCCAAGGGAGAAGGGAAAAAUGCGCUUCCACAUGCUGCAGAACGCCCAGAUGGCGCUCGACUUUCUGCGCUACAAGAAAAUCAAACUGGUCAACAUCCGGGCGGAGGACAUCGUCGACGGCAACCCGAAGCUCACCCUCGGUCUCAUCUGGACCAUCAUUCUGCACUUCCAGAUUUCCGACAUCGUGGUCGGCCAGGAGGACAACCUGACGGCGCGGGAGGCGCUGCUGCGGUGGGCGCGCCGCUCCACCGCCAAGUACCCGGGCGUCCGCGUCAACGACUUCACCGGCUCCUGGCGGGACGGUCUCGCCUUCUCGGCGCUCAUCCACCGCAACCGGCCCGAUCUCAUCGACUGGCGAGACUCGAGAUCGCGCCGGCCCCGCGAGCGCCUCGAGCAGGCCUUCCACGUGGUGGAGCGCGAGUACGGCGUCACGCGGCUGCUCGAUCCGGAAGUCGGCGAGAGCGGCGAAGUGGACGUCGAGACGGAGCUGCGGCCCGAAUCGCUCGAGAAGGCGUGGCACCGGCUGAUGUCGGCGCUGGCGGACCGGGACAUGAUCCUGCAGCAGGAGGUGCAGCGGCUCGAGCGGCUCCAGAAGCUGGCGGACAAGGUCCAGCGCGAGUACAAGCACACCGAAACCGUCAUCACCAAGAUCGAAACGAGAAUCUCCGAGGAGAGCCGCCGCAUCGACCGGUUGCACCCGGUCGAGGCGAAGAACAUCGUCGAGGGGCUGGAGGGGGACAUCCGGCACCUGGAGCAGCCGCUCCAGGAGAUGAACGACGACUGUCACAACCUGAAGGACGGUCGAUACCCACAGGCAGGGGACCUGCAUAAAAAAGUCACAAAACUGCACCAGCGGUGGUCCCAGCUGCGCACCACAUUCCACACUAGCUUAGUACAAAAACUGUCCGGCAUGAGCUACCCCGUGCAGGAGACGACCAUCACGAAGCAAACCCGCGUCGUGACCGAAACCCGCCAGAUUGGCACGAAUCCGUACUUCCGCGACGUCCAGGAGUACACCGAGUGGUGUCAAACCAAAUUGAAACAACUGCUUACCUCCGACUACGGAUCGGAUCUGCCGUCGGCGAAGGUGGAGCUGGAGCGGCACCAGCACGAGCACAAGGUGAUCGACCAGUUCCACUCGAAGAUCAUCCAGUGCGAGCGGCACCAGUCGAACUUUAGCGGCGAUGAGUUGACGCUGUACCAGCAGAAGCUCAGCCAGCUGCAGAAGAUCUUUGCGGAGCUGCUGAGCACGAGUACGAAGCGGCUGUCCGAUCUGGACGCGUUGCAGCUGUUCCUGUCGGCGGCGACCGCCGAGCUGAGCUGGCUGAACGAUCGCGAACAGAUCGAGGUUAGCCGCGACUGGGCGGACAAGAAUCUGGAUCUGUCCGCCGUGCAUCGGUAUUAUGAGAACCUCAUGUCCGAGCUGGAGAAGCGCGAGAUGCACUUUGUGACGAUCCUCGAUCGCGGAGAAGACCUUCUAGUCCAACAACACCCGGCUUCCAAGUGUAUCGAGGGUCACCUGCAGGCGCUCAAGUCCCAGUGGUCGUGGCUGCUGCAGCUGACGCUGUGUUUGGAGCGCCACCUGAAGCUCGCCACCGACUACCACUCGUUCUACGACGAGAUCCGGGAGGCGGAGAACUGGCUGGCGAAGCGGGACGACAUCCUGAACACCAAGUACUCGCAGUCGGAGUUUUCGCUGGAUCAGGGCGAGGGCCUGUUGAGGGGGAUGCAGGACGUGAGGGAGGAGUUGAACGCGUUCGGCGAGACGGUGGCCCACCUGCAGCACCAGGCCACGACGAUAGUGCCUUUGAAGCAGCGGAAGCAACCGGUGAACCGGCAGUGUACGGUGCAGACGAUCUGUCCGUACAAGCAGGGUAACAUCUCGCUCGAGCAGAACGAGUCGUGUACGCUGUUGGAUACGAGUGGGCGCGUCAAGUGGCGCGUGAAAACGGCCAAGGGAGUUGAAGGGUCGGUUCAUGGAGUGUGUCUGCUGUUGCCUCCGCCCGACCAGGAAGCGAUCGAGGCCGCCGACCGGUUGAAGCGCCUGUUUGACCGAUCGGUUGCGCUGUGGCAGAAGAAGCAGCUGCGACUGCGCCAGAACAUGAUCUUCGCCACCAUCAAGGUCGUCAAGGGCUGGGACUUUGAGCAGUUCCUGGCGAUGGGAGCGGAGCAGCGGACGGCGAUUCGGCGGGCGUUGAACGACGACGCGGACAAGCUGCUUGCCGAGGGAGAUCCGGCGGAUCCGCAGCUGCGACGGCUGCGCCGCGAAAUGGACGAAGUCAACCGACUGUUUGAUGAAUUCGAGAAACGUGCCAGAGCAGAAGAGGAAAGCAAACAAGCGAGUCGAAUAUUCACCGAGCAAUGCAUCUCGCUCAAGACCCGACUGGAGGAGAUGGCCCGCGAGCUGGACCACAUCAUCCUUUCGCCGAUGCCGCGCGAUCUGGACUCGCUCGAGCACGCCGUCCAAAUCCUGGACGACUACAAGCGCCGCCUCGGCCUCCUCGAGCCCGACCUGCGCCACCUUCAGGAAACAUUCCGCACAAUCACGCUGAAGACGCCCGCCCUCAAGAAGAGCCUCGACAACCUGCUCGAGCUGUGGAAGGAACUCAACACCCAGGCUGGCCUGCAGGGCGAUCGCCUGAAGCUGCUCGAAGGUGCUCUAGCUGGUCUGGAGGACAACGAGCAGGUCAUCUCCGACCUGGAAGGCAAGCUGUCCCGUCAGCUGGAACUGCCCUCCUCCCAGGAGGGUCUGUACGAGGUGUUCAAGCGGCUGUCCGCCAUCCAGGAGACGAUCUCCGCCCAACAGCCGGAAAUGGACAAGAUGAACGACUCGGCCGAUCAGCUGGGUCGCAUGGGUGUGCCAACGAAGGUUCUUGGGGAUCUUAAGCGGCUGCACGCCAACGUCGAGCGACUGAACUCGCGUUGGAACAACAUCUGCGGCCAGCUGGCCGAACGCCUCCGAAGCGUGGAAACCGCCAUCGGGCUGAUGAAGAACCUGCAGACGAGCAUCGUCGUCGAGGAGACGUGGGUCGAGAAGCAGACGGAGAAGCUGCAAGCGUUGCCGACGGCGACCUCCGCCCGGGAGCUGGAUACCAUGCUGGGCGAGGCCAUGGAGCGGGCGCCGAAAAUCGAACAGGUCAAUCUCACCGGUGGCCGUUUGAUCCGUGAAGCCAAGAUCUACGAUGGCAAGUGCGUGCACUACAUCGACUGGCUGGUGGAGAUUCGACCGAGCUUUUCGCCACCGCGGCAGGACCUGCGGCCGCCGGACGCCGAUCCGGGCGCCACCGAGGUGUACUCCCGGCGGCUGGACACUCUCAACGGGCGGUACGAGACGCUGCUUGAGCAGCUGACCCAGCGGCUCAAGACGGCGAUCGAGGUGAAUGGCGCGGACGGAUUGCGCUUCGCCGAGAGUCUCCAGAAGCCGCUGCGCACCUAUCGGAUGGAGUUCAAUCUGGGCCGUCCGGACAACAACAACGGUUCGGCGGACCUCGGCACCCUGGCGGACGGUAGCUUUCACGAAGUCACGGAAGACGUCUACACGAGCACGUACACGGCAACGCAAAUAACCAAGAUUUCCAACAGCAAGCUGAUCUACGACGCGACGGACUCGCGCGAGGGCUCGCCCACGAAGAAAGUGACGCGGGUGGACAUGCAGCAGUCGGACGUGCACCAGCACCCGAACGGUGCUGCACCCGGCGGAGCGUCGUCGGUACAGUUUACGGAGAUUCGCAGCUUGAAGCGCAUUUCGCGCAACAACGAGGCGGUCGGCACAAACAAUGGCGGCGGCGGCGAAGACGGAGAUAUUCUGAACAUGCCCGGAAUCGUGGAUCCGGUGAGUGGGCGCGUGUUGACGGUCGGGGAAGCGAUUCGGAUGAGGAUCUUGGAUGUACGGACGGGACAGUUGAAUGUGGCGAACGGCGAGCGGUUGAGUUUGGAGGAGGCGGUCAGGAGGAAACUGAUUGAUGCGGAUUUGGUGGAGAGUUUGCUGCGGCCGGACGCGGUGCUGGACCGGGAUGGGCGGGCGAUGAGCCUGCUGGAGGUAAUACAGAAGGAAAUCCUCGAGGCGGAGAACGGCUACGAUAGUACGGAGAAGCGAAUCAAGCAAGCGGUCGUUGAGAAAUUUGCCCUAUGCGAGGACCACCUUUCCAAGCUGCUCGAAUGGAUCACCAAGGUCGAGCAGGACAUCGCCUCCGUUGGUGGACCCAAAGAACGCGUCGACGAUUUGCGCAAUCAAAUCAAUUCACUCAAGCAAAUCAAGGAAGACAUCGACACCCAGUCCCGUCCAGUUGCGUCCUGCUUGGAGCAGGUGCGUCAGUUGGUCCUUACCGGUGGAGACGUGCUGAGUGCCCCGGAAGUGGCCGGCCUGGAGAGUUCCGGUCGAGAGUUGCGUGCCCGUGUCGAUAAGGCACAGGACCGCACCGGUAAGCUGCUGCGACGGCUUGGCGGCGCUCGCGAUGAGCUGGGUAAGCUGCGUUCCGAGCUGGACACCUUCACCAGCUGGCUGCAGACGUCUCGACGCACGCUCGAGGACAAGGAGAAUACGCUGUCCGAUCUGAACCAGCUGUCCAACCAGUCGGAAUCGGUGAAGGAGUUCCACGGAGACGUAAUCGCUCACCAAGCCGACCUGCGGUUCAUCACCAUGUCGGCGCAAAAGUUCGUGGACGAGUGCAAGGACUACCUGACCGUGCUGAACGACUUCCGUACAACGCUGCCAGAACGACUGCCGCACAUUGAGCAAAUCUCCAGCUCGGACAGUCCAAUCCGACAGGAAGUUUCCCUCGUUACUGCCCAAUAUCGGGAUCUGAUGAGCCGAUCGAACGCCCUGCUGGAUCGUCUGGCCGGACUUGGAGGUCGUCAACGCGACUACCAGGAAGCCCUCGAGAAGGCACGAUCCUGGCUGCGUGAUGUCCAAACUCGCGUCUCGUCGGUGCUAUCCGAUCCCAUUGCCGCCGAUCCACAAUCGGUACAGGACCAGAUGAACCAAACUAAAGCGCUGCAAAGCGAAUUCCUGUCGCAGGGACGUCUCAUCGAUAACGUACAGCUCUCACUCAACGCUCUUCUCAAGUCGCUGGCCGGUCGCCUCAGUCCAUCCGAGGUGUCCGCCCUGGAAAUCCCGGUAGAAGACGUCAAGGACAAGUACAAGCAACUGCUGGAAGCUCUCGGCGAUCGCACAAAACUGCUGGACACCGCUUUGGUCCAAUCGCAAGGAGUACAAGACGCUCUGGACGGACUAUCCGGAUGGAUCAACCAGUCGGAGGACAAGUUCAAGCUGCAAAACCGACCAGCAUCGCUCAUCAAGGAUCGUCUCAACGAGCAAGUCCGUGAACACCGUGGGCUGCUGAACGAUCUGGAAUCUCAUCGCACAAGUUUGGAGAGUGUCACCCUGUCAGCCCAAGAGUUGAUGGCCACCGCAUCAAAUGCACGUCUUGCCAAGCGUAUCGAAACCAACUUGAGUGACGUCACCGGACGAUUCGAGAAACUGCUGGACAAGGCACUGAAGCGAGGUGAAUUCCUGGAAGACACCCUCGCCCAGCUGACCAAGUUCAACGAAGAUGCCACCAGCGUCGAGCAGGAACUACUGAACGCACAGGAAGCUCUCGAGGGACGUGAACUGGCCUCGCUGCCUGCUGACACUCUCACUCAACGCAUGAUCGAGCUCACCCGGAACAAGGAACAUCUGCGUCCACUGUACGAGAACUGUGUACGUCUGGGCAAGGACCUGAUCGCCAAGCGUGAUGUCACCGAUACCGGAGUUGUUCGCGAUCGCGUCAAGGCACUGGAGAACGCCUGGAAGAACUUGGACGUUACCCUGGAGGAGAAGCUCAAGCUGGCCAAGCAAAAGUCGGAGCAGCUGAACGCGUACGAAGACCUCAAGGAUCAAGUGCUCGUGUGGUUGUCCAGCAUCGAAACCAGAACCAACAACCUGGCCCCGGUGGCCGUUGAUGUGGAUGCGAUCAAGUACCAGAUCGAAGAAGUGAAACCACUGGUCAAGGAGCACCGCGACUACGGAGUGACGAUCGACAAGGUCAACGAUCUUGGUGCCCAGUACGAUGCACUGGUCCGUCCGGAUAGCCCAUCUCGCAAGCGCUCAGUAUACAGCCCAAUCAAGCGAUCGACCGUAAGUCCGAUGCGUCGCAUGUCGGGAGAGGCGCGAUCACCCAGCCCAACCAAGAGCGGUGGUCUGAUGGUGGGACAAAGUCCAACCGUAUCGCCGCUGUCUCCCGGUGGAUCGAGCGGAUUCGGUAGCCGGCGCUCGUCGCAAGACGGGUUCCAACUAACCGAUCUGACCCCGAUCCAGCAGCAACUGACGGAAAUCAACAACCGGUACAGUUUGGUCGGAGCACGCCUGAACGAUCGACAGAAUGAGCUGGAUUCUGUGCGGGAUGAAGUGCGCAAGCACCAGGAAAGUCUCAAGACGUUGGCCAGCUUCUUGGACAAGAUUCAACGGCAGGUCCCGAAGGAAGUCAUCAGCAACAAAGACGAAGCCGAACGAUGCAACAAACAGGCACGUAAGAUCUUGGAGGAAAUGUACGAGAAGCAAAGUCUGUUGGACUCCACCAAGGCUCAAGUUAAAGAUCUACUGAAACGCAAACCAGACGUGCAGGGAGCAGACCGAUUGCGAUCGGAUCUCGACACAGUGGCUGACCGCUGGAAGAACCUGCACGACCUGUGCAAGGAUCGCAUCAACUUCUCCGAACAACUUCGUGACUUCCUCGAUACUCACGACAACUUGAACACCUGGCUGGGAGCAAAGGAGCGCAUGUUGACCGUACUCGGACCGAUCUCUUCCGACCCGCGCAUGGUUCAAAGCCAAGUUCAACAGGUGCAAGUCCUGCGCGAAGAAUUCCGUGGCCAACAGCCACAGCUGAACCAUCUCCAAGAAGUCGGCAACGCCGUUCUGGAAUACCUGCGAGAAUCCUCUCCGGAAAGCCAGUCCGUGUCUACCAAGCUGAAGAACGUACAGAAGAAAUGGGACGAUCUUGUCGGACGACUCGACGAACGCGCCCAAAGCUUGGGAGCUGCCGCCGAUACCUCGAAGGAAUUCGACGCUGGUUUGAACCGUCUGCGUGAAGCUCUGCAGACCAUCAGCGACAAUCUAGACGGCCUGCCGACGGACCGCGAUCACCAGGAGACGCUGCGCAAGAUUGAAAACCUUGAGCGACAACUCGAAGGACAACGUCCUCUGUUGGCUGAUUCCGAAGCAGCUGGAGAAGCCCUUUGCCGAGUGCUGAGCGAUCCCGCAUCGCGUGCUGACGUCAACGCCCGUUUGGGCGCUGUUGGCAAGCAAUACCAAACGCUGCAGAAGAAACUGGACCUCAGAAAGGCGGAAACCGAUGCUGCCCUGCGCGAUGGACGUCAGUUCGCUGAAACCUGUGCCCGAACUCUCGGCUGGCUGUCGGGAGAGCUGGGUAAUCUGACCGAUCGCCUACUGGUGUCUGCACACCGUCCAACUCUGCAGCACCAAAUUGACACUCACGAGCCAAUCUACCGCGAGGUGAUGAGCCGAGAACACGAAGUCAUCAUGCUGCUCAACAAGGGUCGUGAACUUCAGGACAAGCCCGGACAAAGCCCAGACCGUGCCGUACAACGAGAUUUGGAGAAGAUUUCCCAGCAAUGGGAACGUCUACGUAACACCGCCGUUGACCGUCACUCGCGACUACAGACCUGCCUGGAACAUUGCAAGAAACACUCCGCAGCAUCGGAGACAUUCCUGACGUGGCUGCGAGGAGCGGAAGACAAGCUCAGCUCUUUCAAGCCUGGCAUUAUGAAGAAGUCCCAACUCGAUCAACAGCUGAAGGAACUGCAAACGUUCCGUUCGGAUGUGUGGAAGCGAUCGGGAGAGUACGAGAACACUCGCGGAUUAGGCGAAGCAUUCAUUGGUGCCUGCGAUGUGGACAAGGAACCGAUCAAGGCGGAACUCCAGGACAUGAAGGACCGCUGGGAGCGCCUGAACAACGAACUCAUUGCGCGAGCUCAAACGCUGGAAACCUGUGCCAAGCGACUGGGAGAUUUCAACGAAGAACUGCGAGACUUGGAGCAUGCCGUUGGCCGCUGCGAAGAUCGCCUGGCAGCUCAUGACGCGCUGGGAGGUGCCGCCAAGGAUCCGAAACUGUUGGAUCGUGUCAAGGCCAUCAAGGAGGAUGCGGCUGGUCUGAGAAAACCACUGCAAGCGACUCGCAAGUUGGCCGGAGAUAUCGCCGUUGAGGCACGUGCCGCAGGUGGAGACGCCGAUCAUCUGAAGAACGAAGUUGACGGAAUCGCCGAUCGUAUCGAAGACCUGCACGCGCGUCUUGAUGAUCGUUGCGGCGAACUUCAGUCCGCUGCCACUGCCGUGUCGCAGUUCAACGACGCCGUCAAGGCACUCGGAGUUGACCUCAACGAGCUGGAAAGUCAAAUCGAUUCUUUGUCACCACCGGCACGUGAGAUCAAGACCGUACUGAACCAGUUGGAUGAAGUGGCUACGAUUCUAACUAAGAUUGAUCGUACCGCCGAACACGUUGCCAGCGUUGAACGCGCUGGAGAACAACUGGUUGAUUCUGGAUUUGCACCAGACACUGCCGUCACGCGUGAUCAAAUUACCUCGCUGAGGAAGCAACUCGGCAAGCUGGACAACCGUGCCCGUGACCAUGACGAGGCUCUGCAGAAGGCACUGAAGGCGCUACAGAAGUUCUACGACUUGCACCAAGGAACGCUGGACGAUCUGAACGACGUGGCAGAUCAGGUGAAGAAACUGAAGCCGGUUAGCUCGGAACUUGAACAGAUUCGCAACCAGCAGGACGACUUCCGUCGCUUCAAGCAGCGUUACGUUGAACCAUUGGUUGAGAAGAUUGACGAAGUCAACCGUAGUGGACAGGACUUGGUCCGUUCGGCCCAGGGAGGCGUUCCGACGCACGUUAUGGAGAAGGACCUGGAGAAGAUCAACGAGAAGUGGAACGAUCUGAAGGAGAAGAUGAACGAACGUGAUCGUCGUCUGGACGUUGGCCUUCUGCAGUCUGGUAAGUUCCAAGAAGCACUGGAUGGACUUUCCAAAUGGCUCAAGGAUACCGAAGAAAUGGUCGCCAACCAGAAGCCACCAAGUGCCGACUACAAGGUCGUGAAGGCUCAACUACAGGAGCAGAAAUUCCUCACGAAGAUGUUGAUGGAUCGUCAGAACUCGAUGUCAUCGCUGUUCCAGCUGGGUCAAGAAGUGGCCGCCGGUUGUGAUGCCUCAGAGAAGGCAGCUAUCGAGCGUCAGCUUAAGGAACUGAUGGGACGCUUCGACGCACUGACUGAGUCCGCUCAGCGACGUACGCUGGAUCUGGAACAAGCCAUGCACGUUGCCAAACAGUUCCAGGAUCAGCUGGUUCCACUCACUAAGUGGCUAGAUGGUGCUGAACGUGCCGUGAAGUCGAUGGAACUUGUUCCAACGGAUGAGGAGAAGAUUCAGCAGAGAAUCCACGAACACGAGCGUCUACAUGACGAGAUCCUCUCGAAACAGCCUGACUUUAGCGAGCUGGCUGACAUUGCCGGACAGCUUAUGGAACUUGUCGGAGAUGAUGAAGGUGUUGUACUGAGCGAGAAGGUUAAGAAUACCACGGAUCGAUAUACCGAUUUGGUGCAAGCUAGCGACAACAUCGGACAUGUAUUGAACGAAUCCCGACAGGGACUGCGUCACCUGGUGCUGACCUACCAAGAUCUAGUCUCGUGGAUGGAGAACAUGGAGAACCGCCUUCAGCGAUUCCGUAUCAUCCCGGUGCACACCGAGAAGCUGCUGGAACAGAUGGACGUGCUGGUUGAGCUGAACGAAGACAUCGCCAGUCGCUCGCCGAACGUAGAAUCCACCGUCGAAGCUGGAUCCGAACUGAUGAAGCACAUCUCCUCCGACGAAGCUCUUCAGCUGAAGGACAAACUGGACUCGCUGCAGCGUCGCUACGGAGAACUGACCACCAAGGGAGGUGAUCUGCUGAAGCACGCACAGGACGCUCUGCCACUUGUCCAGCAGUUCCAUCAGUCGCAUAUCCGCUUGGUCGACUGGAUGCAAGCUGCCGAAGCCACACUGUCAACUGGAGAUUCGAACGAGGUCGACAUUGUGCGUUUGGAGGGUGAUUUGAGUGAAAUGAGACCAGUUCUGGAGGCUGUCAACUCCGUGGGUCCUCAGCUGUGCCAGAUUUCACCUGGAGAAGGUGCAUCGACGAUUGAGGGUAUCGUUACGCGUGAUAACCGACGCUUCGAAGCCAUUGUCGAGCAGAUUCAACGCAAGGCGGAACGUCUACAUCUCAGCAAGCAACGUUCCAACGAAGUCACGGCCGAUAUUGACGAGCUGCUGGAAUGGUUCCGUGACAUGGAUGCCACCCUGCGGGACGCUGAUUCGCCAGCCAUGACGCCGAAGCUUGUACGAGCUCAGCUGCAGGAACACCGCUCGAUCAACGAUGACAUCUCCAGCCAGAAGGGUCGCGUCCGUGACGUCACUUCCUCUGCCAAGAAGGUCCUACGAGAAUCGCAACCGAACGAGAACACCAUCGCCCUGCGAGAGAAACUGGAGGACCUCAAGGAAGUGGUUGAAACCGUGGCCGGACUGUGCGCCAACCGAUUGGCCAUCCUCGAACAAGCACUGCCACUGUCGGAACACUUUGCCGAUUCGCAUAGCGGUCUCGUAGGUUGGUUGAACGACAUGGAGCAUCAAAUCUCUAUGCUUGCGAUGCCAGCGUUGCGACCGGACCAGAUUGCCAUCCAACAGGAUAAGAACGAACGGCUAACGCAGUCUAUUUCCGAGCACAAACCACUGCUGGACAAGCUGAACAAGACGGGAGAAGCGCUGAUUGCGUUGGUUGCCGACGACGAUGCGGCCAAGAUCAGCGAAAUUCUCGAGUCGGACAAUGCGCGAUACGCAGCGCUGAGAACCGAACUGCGCGAACGACAGAACGCCUUGGAACAAGCUCUGCAAGAGUCUAGUCAAUUCUCGGACAAACUGGAAGGUAUGCUACGUGCCCUACAGAACACGGCCGAUCAGGCGAACCAAGCCGAUCCAAUUUCGGCACAUCCGCCAAAGAUCCACGAUCAGCUCGAUGACAACGCCGCCCUGGUUGAAGACAUUGACAAGCGUAGCGAAGCAUUCGCAGCUGUUAAGCGGGCCGCCACCGACGUUAUCUCGAAGGCCACCAACCAGUCCGAUCCGGCCGUGCGAGACAUCAAGAAGAAGCUGGAGAAACUGAACAACCUGUGGAACGAACUGCAGAAGACCACGAACAAACGAGGCGCUGCCCUGGAGGACACCCUUGCGAUGGCCGAAAAGUUCUGGAAGGAGAUGCGUGCGGUUAUGGAAACGCUGAAGGAGCUGCAAGAAGCCCUGCAAACGCAAGAACCGCCGGCAGCGCAACCGCAAGCCAUUCAGAAGCAGCAGGUCGCCCUGCAGGAGAUCCGCCAGGAGAUCGACCAGACCAAACCGGAAGUGGAGCAAGUGCGCCGCACCGGAACCAACCUGAUGUCGCUGUGCGGCGAGCCGGACAAGCCCGAGGUCAAGAAGCACAUCGAAGAUCUGGACCACGCCUGGGACAACAUUACGGCGCUGUACGCGAAGCGCGAAGAGAACCUGAUCGACGCCAUGGAGAAGGCGAUGGAGUUCCACGAGACGCUCCAGAACCUGCUGAACUUCCUGGCCAAGGCGGAGGACCGCUUCGCGAAGCUGGGCCCGCUCGGGUCGGACAUUGAGGCCGUCAAGAAGCAGAUCGAACAGCUGAAGCACUUCAAGGACGACGUCGACCCGCACAUGGUCGAGGUGGAGGCGCUGAACCGGCAAGCGGUCGAGCUGACCGAGCGCACCUCGGCGGAACAGGCCAACGCCAUCCGCGAGCCGCUGAAUGCCGUCAACCGCCGGUGGGAGAACCUGCUGCGUGGUAUGGUCGAGCGCCAGAAGCAGCUGGAGCACGCUCUGCUGCAUCUGGGUCAGUUCCAGCACGCGCUCAACGAGCUGCUGGUCUGGAUCAACAAGACGGACGCCAAUUUGGAUGAGUUGAAGCCGAUUCCGGGCGAUCCACAGCUGCUGGAGGUUGAGCUGGCCAAGUUGAAGGUGCUUGCGAAUGACAUUCACGCUCACCAGAGUUCGGUGGAUACGCUGAACGAUGCGGGCAGGAAGCUGAUCGAGAACGAUCGUGGCUCGCUAGAGGCGUCCACGACACAGGAGAAGCUGCAACAGCUGAACAAGCAGUGGAGAGAUCUGCUGCAGAAGGCUGCCGAUCGUCAGCACGAGCUGGAGGAAGCUCUGCGUGAGGCUCAAGGCUUCACGUCGGAGAUCCAGGAUCUGCUGGGUUGGUUGGGCGAUGUGGAUGCCGUCAUUGGUGCAAGCAAGCCGGUUGGAGGACUGCCGGAAACGGCUUCCGAACAGCUGGAGCGAUUCAUGGAGGUUUAUAACGAGCUAGAAGAGAACAGACCAAAGGUAGAGACACUGAUCGCACAAGGACAGGAGUACGUGAGGAAGCAGAACCAGCUGCAGGUGUCGGCUAGCAAUCUGCAGCACACGUUGAGGACGCUGAAGCAGCGUUGGGAUGCUGUCGUUUCACGGGCGUCGGACAAGAAGAUCAAGCUGGAGAUCGCGCUGAAGGAGGCGACCGAGUUCCACGAUGCACUGCAAGCGUUCGUCGAAUGGUUGACGCAAGCGGAGAAGCAACUGGGCUCGGCGUCGGCUGUUUCGCGAGUGCUGGAGACGAUUCAGCAGCAAAUGGAAGAACAUAAGGUGCUACAGAAGGACGUGUCGAUUCAUCGUGAGUCGAUGCUACUGCUGGACAAGAAGGGAACGCAUUUGAAGUACUUUAGCCAGAAGCAGGACGUGAUUCUGAUCAAGAACUUGCUCGUUUCGGUGCAGCACCGUUGGGAACGAGUGGUGGCCAAGGCUGCCGAACGGACACGCGCGCUGGAUCAUGGGUACAAAGAGGCCCGUGAGUUCCACGAUUCGUGGCUGCAGCUGACGACGUGGUUGAAGGAAACGGAGACUACGCUGGACACGCUGUCGGAGGAGACUAGCAACGAUGCGGUCAAGAUCAAGAAGCACCUGGAGAAACUGCGCGAGAUUCAGCGCAACCUGCAGUCGAAGGAGAGCUUCUACGACAGUACGAUGCGCAGCGGCAAGGGACUGAUGGACCGUGCUCCGAAGUCGGACGAGCCCGUACUGUCACGGAUGAUGAACGAGCUGAAAGACUCGUGGAAGCGGGUUUGCAACAAGAGCGUCGAACGGCAACGCAAAUUCGAGGAAGCUUUACUGCUGUCUGGACAAUUUGCGGAUGCCUUGCAGGCGCUGCUGGACUGGCUGCGUAAGACCAAGGCCCGCCUUGCGGAGGACGGACCGGUUCAUGGAGAUCUGGAUACGGUGACGACGCUGGUCGAGCACCACAAGCAGCUGGAGUCGGAUUUGGACAAACGAUCGGCACAGAUGCAGAGCGUCAUGAAGACUGGCAAGGAUCUGGAAAAGUCGGACGAAACGCGCGAAACUUCCAAGCACUUGAAGGAGAUGCAGAAGCUGUGGGAGGACGUUCAGGACAUGAGCGCCCGCCGCAAGUCUCGGCUGGAGGUCGCACUGAAGGAAGCCGAACGGCUGCACAAAUCCGUCCACAUGCUGCUUGAGUGGUUGUCCGAGGCGGAGCAGAAGCUGCGCUUUGCUGCGGCCGCUCCCGAUGACGAGAACCAGGCCAACGAUCUGCUGGACGAGCACGCUCGCUUCAUGAAGGAACUGCGCGAGAAGGAGUUCGACAAGGAGGAAACGCUGGCGCUGGCCAACUCGAUUCUGGCCAAGGCCCAUCCGGACGCGGUGCCGAUCAUCAAAAACUGGAUCUCGAUCAUCCAGUCCCGGUGGGACGAAAUUUCCCAGUGGGCGCUGAGCCGCCAGACCAAGCUCGAGUCGCACCUCAAGUCGCUCAAGGAUCUGGACGAGUCGAUCGAGGAGCUGCUGGCCUGGUUGGCCGGACUGGAGUCGACGCUGCUUAAUCUCGAACAGGAACCACUGCCCGAGGAGAUCCCGCCGCUGGAGGUGCUGAUCGCCGACCACAAGGAGUUCAUGGAGAACACUGCCCGUCGCCAGGGCGAGGUGGACCGUGCCUGCAAGCCGCGUCAGCCGCCGCCAGGACUGAAGGAAGCGCGCAAGCCGUCCCGCGGUGUACUCAAGACACCUGUUAAGGGAUCACAGCAAGAUCUGCGCGAGCACUCGCCCGACUACGGCACCUUAGGAAGAAAGCAAAGUUUCAAGGGAUCGCGCGAUCAAGGGCUUAACUCACGUCGUACAAGUCGCGUGAGUCCCGGACGUGAGACCCAGACACCGGAACGGGAUCGCCUGCCGCACUACGGUCCACGGUUCUCGCCAAGCAACCAACCGGAGACGGAACUGCGAUCGCCCCGUGCCAAGCUCCUGUGGGACAAGUGGCGCUACGUGUGGAUGCUGGCGUGGGAACGCCAGCGUCGCCUGCACGACCACCUGCUCUACCUGCAAGACCUGGAGCGCGUCCGGCAGUUCAGCUGGGAGGAGUGGCGCAAGCGCUUCCUCAAGUUCAUGAACCACAAGAAGUCCCGCCUGACGGAUCUGUUCCGCAAGAUGGACAAGGACAACAACGGGCUGAUCCCGCGGGAGGUCUUCAUCGACGGAAUCAUCGGAACGAAGUUCGACACGUCCAAGCUGGAGAUGAACGCGGUGGCCGACCUGUUCGAUCGCAACGGCGAGGGCCUGAUCGAUUGGCAGGAGUUCAUCGCGGCGCUCCGGCCCGACUGGCAGGACCGCAAGCCGAAGACGGACGCGGACAAGAUCCACGACGAGGUGAAGCGGCUGGUGAUGCUGUGCACGUGUCGGCAAAAGUUCCGCGUGUUCCAGGUCGGCGAGGGCAAGUACCGGUUUGGAGACUCCCAGAAGCUGCGCCUUGUGCGUAUUCUGCGUAGUACCGUGAUGGUUCGCGUCGGAGGAGGAUGGGUCGCACUGGACGAAUUCCUGGUGAAGAACGAUCCUUGCCGAGCCAAGGGACGCACCAACAUCGAGCUCCGCGAGCAGUUCAUACUGGCGGACGGCGUGUCGCAAUCGAUGGCCGCGUUCAAGUCCCGCAAGUCCAUCUCGACGCAGGGCUCGGGAUCGACCCAGGCGGGCUCGCCCAUCCCGACCCAGGGCCCGAUCGUCAAGGUACGAGAGCGCUCGUCCAAGUCGAUAUCGAUGUCGCGCCCGUCCCGGUCGUCGCUUUCGGCCUCGACGCCGGAUUCGCUCAGCGACUGCGAGAGCAGCAUCGGAACGCCCGGUCGCUUCCAGACGCCGAGCCGUAAAACUUCAGUGCCAGUUAGAUCUCAGAUGACGCCGGGCGGAUCGCGGGCCAACUCGCGGCCAAGUUCACGACCGGCGAGUCGGGCCGGUUCGAAGCCCCCGUCGCGGCACGGAUCAACCCUGUCGCUGGACAGCACCGACGAUGCCACGCCGUCGCGAAUUCCCACCCGGAGGAUAACCAGCACGACGACCCCGCGGCCAUCGCGGCUAUCCGUUGGAUCGACGAGUACGAGUGCGCGGGGAACGACCACGACGACGACCCACACGAAUGGCGUUUCUUCGAGGACGGCAUCCGGGGCGGCGUCUCCCGCACCAACGAGGAAAACUAGCGGAACGUCCACCCCGUCCGGAAUGCAAACGCCGCGACGAACCUCGGUGGAACCGGGCACACCCGGCACCACCACUCGCCCGGAUCGCAGCUCGCGGGGCACCACCCCCAUCGAGAAGCGGGCCCCGUUCCGACUUUAAGGAAAAAGCCACCCCCCUCGAAAAACAAAUAGCUAGUAAGCGAAAAGCUGACGAAGACGAACGAAGCGAAAAAAAAAACAAGAUAAAAGUUUGCGCUAAUCCAUUAACAGACACAAUAGCUGAGCAGCUUAGCUGAACGCGCGUCGUCUAAAAAGAAAAAAAAAUAAGGUGUACUAAUCAAGUUCAAAGUAUUUAUUUCAAUUUCUCUUUUUUUUUGUUUCAUUAGUUUUUUUUGUUAUUUGAGCAAGCGAAAAAUGCUUAUAUUUUCUUCGCAAAAAGAAGAAUUUCAAACGCGCGCCGCGGUACUAAUCAGUGAUAAUGAUUAGGGUUCAGAUUGAGAGAGUUAGAUUGAGAGAGAGAGCGAACGAGUAAGCGAGAAAGAAUAAUUUCCGUAAACCCACCCCCCCAGUGAAAGAUUUUGUAAAUACUUUUAGAGAAAGAGAGAAUGGAGGGAUUAAAGUUGUAGAAAGUCAUUUGAUCAGAGAGAACAAGAAAAAAAUACCGUGUGAAGAAAAAGAAGAAAGUUUGUAAUAAUUCAAAAUAUAUUUAGAGCAAGGGACUUAGUUUUUACCACAAGCCAACAACAAUUAUUAGCUGUUUCUCGUUGAAUUUUUUGCCUAGUGUGUGUGAACGGAAUAAAAAAGCCGACUUCAAACGUUGUGCCGCGAAUCAAGCGUUGAAGAAAUCGCCAGUUCUUCAGCGUUUGAUCCGCGACGGGUAACGUUUUCAGCUGUGUCAAAAAUUAACAAGAGUUGAAAUGAUAUGAUUCUUAUAUGUGUUCAUGAGCGAAUGUGUGCGCGAGAGUGUGAAAUGUUGUGUUUUUUUGUUUAUAUUUUUAAAACUGUAUAUUUAUUAUUUAUACAAAACAGAUGAUCGAAAAUUUGAGAAGAUUACACAUUUUUCUUGCGUUUCUAUUCGCUCACUUGAAAGGAAAAUCGCCAGUUUCCUUUUUUGGCGGACCGAAUUGUAAAACAAGUAAACAUUUAUUUUUGUUAAAGCAGCUGCUCGAGAGAGAAAGAGAGAAGCGUGCCUUUCCCGGAGAAUAUCACGUUUCACGGUAAUAUAAAAAAGAGGUGUUAUUCUCCGCCUGGAAUGACGCGCAUCGCAGCGGAAGCGAAUUUCGUUGUGUUAAAAUCAUUAAUUUUGUUUCAACAUUCGAGCUUGUGUGCGUGUGGAUUUGUAGGAAAAAUUGACGAACAGUAGAAAGAAAGUGAGAAAGAGAGAGAGAAAUCCACGCGGAUGGAAUAAAAAACACAUUAAAAACGCAGUUUAAGCAGUUAUUAAUUCAUUAACUACAAAAAAAGUCAUUUAGUUGUGUAAGGAGCAGAAUAUUAGUAGGAAUAAAUUUGCAAAUAAUUAAAACUAACUAAGAGCUAAUGCUAAGCUGUUUUGUAAUUGAAAUAUUUUUUUUAUAAAAAAAGAAGAGAAAAAAGCCGGAAAACGACAGAAAAAUAAAAGCAAAACAAAAAAUAAUUCCUAGGAGCGUAACAAAAAAGAAUACAACACAAAAGGAAACCGAAAAAUCCUUAAAACAUAUAACUUCUACUAGCUAACAAAUUAACUACACAAAUUUCUCAGCUAUAGCAGUUAAAAUUUUACUACAUGUGAUUGAAAAGUUUAACACGAAGAAAAAAAAUCUCCUAAAAGUAAUAAACGAAAACUAGUAAUCCAA